AUGUUUUUCGGGAACUCUGCCAAGUUGAAGGCCGGCAAGAGCCUCAACUUAAAGAAAAACCCUAAAGUUCCAACGUACUGGUAUGUUCCCAUGACUGGAGUGACAGUUGCCGGUAAGAGAGUGGAUGUUCCACCGAAUGCUUUCGAACUGAAAGAUGACGGUACUGGAGGCGUGAUUAUUGAUUCGGGUAUUGCUAUUUCGCAUUUUGAAGCUGAAGUUUACAACCAUAUCAAAGCUGCCAUUGAGCCCCUCAUUCAUCUACCUCGUACAACCGCUGUGGACUUGGAUCUGUGCUUUCAGCUUCCCUUUCCACCACUACGUAAUUUAAGCUUGCCUUCAGUAGUUUAUAACUUCGAGGGUGGCGUGGAUAUGCAUCUUCCUGAAAACAAUACGUAUGUUAGAGCAGAGAAUGAUGCCUUGUGCUUGGCCAUGGUCCCCAAUGACGCAAAGUUUGGGGUCUUGGGAACUAUACAGCAGCAGAACUUUCACUUCCUUUACGACAAUGCCCAAAAGAAGAUCUCCCUUGAGCCUGCUAACUGUGCUUCUCUUUGA